AGGCAUUGAAAGGCUCAAAAAGUUUGCCCGUGCCCCGCUAGCUCUCCAUUUGUGCAACAACAUGGCUUUGCUUCGUGAAAGCAUUGCAAAGCAGAGCUUGAUGGAGGCCAAGGAGAUUUGCAACCAAACCAGUGAUCACAAGGCGCUCAUUAAGAAGUUCAUCCAAACGUACGAGUCUGACUUGUGUGACGACGUCAAGUACGGGAAGAAGAAGUAUCAGGCGAUGCUCCAAGAGGCGGUGAACAAUCGGAUUGGGACGAUUGUCAUCGACUUGGACGAUGUGGAGCAGUUCUGCAAGAAAGAGCUGAAGGAACCGGACCUUCACAUGAGCCAAUCAGUUCUGGACUUGCAGCAAUCCAUCGAAAGCUUGGUCAGCUGCGUGGAGGGCAACGUGAUGCGAUACCGCCUCUUCUUCUACGAGGUCUGCGAUGCCUUGCAACCGGCGCGCGACGGGGGCUACCGCGCCGAGGGUGCCGCCAAGGCGCGGGAUGCGGUGCAAUGCUGGCGCGAACGCUUGAGCAAGCAGAAGGAGCAACAGGGUGGAGCGCUGCCGAAGGACUGCGGCGUCCCCGCGAAGCUGAAGAAUCCCUGGGACAUCCGCUUCAAGCCUCGCGGCACUUGCCAGAGCAUCCCCCUGCGUCAGAUUCGCGCGGAGUCCGUGGGGGCGCUGAUCCAGUUGGACUGCCUCGUGGUGAAUCUCUCUCAGGUGAAGCCGAAGGUGGAGGUGGUCACCUACCACUGCGAGACCUGUGGCUCUGAGAUCUUUCAAUCGGUGGAAGGCGAAAACUACACUCCGCCGAAGGAAUGCCCAUCCCAGAAAUGCCGGGACAACAAGCAGUCAGGCAACCUCCGGUGCAACAUUCGAACUUCGGCCUUUACCAAGCAUCAGGAGAUGAAGGUCCAAGAGAUGUCGGACCAUGUGCCUCAAGGAGGCGUACCCAGGUCCAUCUCUGUGCUGUUGGAGGGGGACUUAACACGUCAGGUCCUGGCGGGUGAUGCCAUCACCUUGACCGGCGUCUACUACCCUCACAGCUUGCCCUACUUCCAAAAGAUGAAGAUGCGCACGCCCACCACACAGAGGAUGUUCAUCGAGGCUCACCACAUCCAGAAGCACAAGAAGGGCUACAGUGAGACUGCUGUGGAUGAGGAUGUCAUGGAGCACAAGAUCCAAGAGGCCCUGCAGCACUCGGGCGACCGAUUGUACGAGCACGCCGCCAAGUCCAUCGCACCGGAGAUUUUCGGACAUGAGGAUGUCAAGAAGGCAUUGUUGCUGGUGCUCAUCGGCUCCUACACCAAGCAGAUGCAGGAUGGCCUGAAAAUCCGUGGGGACAUCCACACCUUGAUGAUGGGAGACCCUGGAGUGGCCAAGAGCCAGUUGCUGAAGCAGGUUUGUGCCAUUGCUCCCAGGUCGGUCUACACCACCGGCAAGGGCUCCACCGGUGUCGGUUUGACUGCCACGGUGAACCGCGACAACGCCACGGGCGAGGUCACACUGGAAGGUGGCUCGUUGGUGCUGGCGGACAUGGGAGUUUGCUGCAUCGAUGAGUUCGACAAGAUGGAGGAGGGUGAUCGAACAGCGAUCCACGAGGUCAUGGAGCAGCAGACGGUCUCCAUUGCCAAAGCGGGCAUCACUACGACGCUGAACUGCCGGACCACCAUUUUGGCAGCGGCCAAUCCCGUCUACGGCCGCUACAACCCCUACAAGUCGCCAGUGGAGAAUAUCGACCUGCCCGCCGCCUUGCUUUCCCGCUUCGAUUUGGUCUUCCUUCUGUUGGACACUGUAGACUGUGACAAGGACAAGCAGCUGGCGGAGCAUGUCACCAAGGUGCACAGCGCUUACGAGAAGAAGGAGAUCGAGGGUGGCAUGGAGCUCGAAGACUCCGAUGUCCUUGGUUUGGGCUUCAAGCCUUACAACCACAAGUUCAUGCGUGCCUUCGUGAGGAAGGCCCGAAGCUAUGAGCCUGUCCUGGACGAUGCGUUGCGCAAUGACAUCGCUGAUGCCUAUGUUGCCAUGCGCGAUGACGAGAAGCGUGACGGGAUCCAGGAGAAGAAGUCUUACACCACACCACGCACGCUCUUGGCCAUCAUGCGGCUCUCACAGGCGCAUGCCCGCGCGCGCUUCUCGAACCGCGUGGAGCGUCAAGACUUCGACGAGGCCAUGCGCCUCAUGAAGGCCUCCAAGGAGAGCAUUGAGCUGAGUGCGCCAGCGAAGCGUGGGCAAAAUCCUUUGGAUGUGAUCUAUGAGAUCCUGGCUGACUUGAGCCGCCGGGACUCGGUGAAGGACGGCUGGGUGGAUGUGACGCACGUGGUCAGCAUGGCCGGCCACAAGGCUUUGACCAAGGAGCUGGUGAUGGAAGGCAUUGAGAGCUGGCAGAGCUUGGGCGUGGUGACGAUGAAUCCGGAGAAGACCAUGGUGCAGUUCUUGGUGCCGGUGGAGUGAGCGAGGGAAGGAAUCCUCCCAUCGCUUCCGGGGCGAUUUGGGCUGAAGCACAGAACAAUGGGGCGGGAGAGGACUGGUUAGAACCGCUGAGGGAGGGUGGAGAGGCGGCAGUGCUUUGGAGACAAGCCGGU